AUGGGUUUAUUGGGCGUUUUCGGCAAUGCACUCGUUCUCCUCGUCAUCGUGGUCGUUCGUGAUCUCCACGAUGUCGCCAAUGUCUUGAUCGGCAAUCAAUCUUUGAUUGAUCUAUUGACGUCUCUCCUUCUCUUAGCCAGCUUCGUCGCACCUCUACCGCCUCUACCAACCAACAACCCAACACUUUCCCGGUUCGUGUGUGCAUUUUGGUACUCCGGGUAUUCAUUCUGGUCCCUGAUCGUUGCUAGUUCGCUCAAUCUAACCUUAAUGACAUUAGAGCGUUACUACGCCAUCGUAUUCCCUCUUCAUUACCACAGUCGGACCAACUCAGCAAGAUUCAUCUGCCUUGUCGCUCUACCCUGGUUGUCUGGAUUCGCCUAUCACCAAGACCUCGUGUGGUUUACGAGGGUGGAACAAGAUCAGUGCCUGGGGCUCCAGUUCCCGAACGAUGCGACAAGAGCUGGUUUCGCUUUCGGCGCCGCGUUCCUGCAGUUUGUCUUGCCGCUCGCAGUCAUGGUAUUCGUGUACACCUCCAUAUCCAUCAAGCUGAAGUCAACGGUGGAGGAAAAAUUCAACAAGAGGGCCAGAAAGAACCGAGAAUCGGAAAAAUCCGUUUCGCAAAACCUUUUUGAUCCUGUCAAGUUCGCUCCGAGCUGCAUCGCGGAACUGCCUAUUGGUCAAGACGAAGAUGAUUCCCUUCCACCAGGUACUGAACGCUAUGGUCAAAUCCACUGCAACGUUCGGCCAAAAUGUUCUCUUAAUGCUCGUCAUGAUAAUGAUAUAGCGGGGGAUUGCCACCACGGCACUACUCUCGAUAACAACAAGUACCGUCCUGAUGCAUUUGAGGAGGCGAUGCAUCAUCUGGUCAUUUGCAGGGGCUUGCGGGGGAGAGGGCGCUUCAUCUUCAGGCGUCUGUAG